AUGAGUUCUUCAGCCGCAUUCUCUGCUGUUGCGACGUCGAGACCUGGUAUUGCCCGCCCGGCCCUGUCCCAAUUAGCGUACUCCCAUACCACCCAAAGUCGAAGCAUAUGCUGCGCUGCUCGGAACACCCAUGGUCCACGCAAUAAAUCAGAACGAACUUGGCCCUUUGACAAGUCUAAUCGCGAACCUCUCGCCAGCACCCGCUCUGGGUUCUCAGGCAUCUCCGCUGGCGGAAAGAUGAGUUUCUGGGAAUCCGAACGAGAACAGAUGCUAGAGCGGAUGUCAAAUUUGAGAACUCAGUUCUCCGAACGCCCUUUUGGUGCAAUCUUUGGGUAUCAAGUAGACUUCUUCAAACGAAUGGAUGAGCUUCAUCAAUCUCGGCCGGGCUCACUGUGGUCGUUCAUCGAUGCCGAGCACCCUAUGGCCAAAGAUGUUCAUCCCAAGGCACACCUCCAAGACUUCAACUUCACUCAAUCUCCAGAGAUUAGUCGAGACAAUCUUCGAUACGACCCUAUUUGUGGUCGUAUGGUACCAAAGGAACCGCAACCUGCUGUUUACUGUGCUCCUGGGAGUGAGCUGGAGGCAAAUUUUGUUGGCAACCCGUCUCUGGCUGACAAGCAUCAAUUUCAACCGGGAGCUGCCCCUAGGGAAGUUGCUCCCAAAGAGCCAUUUGACUCUCAGACAGUCGACUGCCCUCCUGGAAGCGAGCUGAAUGCCCUCUUCACCUUCAUUCCGACCAGCUACCAGAACGCUCGAACUAAGACCGGGGAUUAUCAAGAGUCUGCUCAUAAGCCUAACAUCAACAUUGAUUGCCCUCCUGGUAACGAGUUGGAGGCGUUGUUCACUUCUGAAUUUGAUCAUUCUGGUCAGACUCAAGCUGAGGUCUUCAAACCUUCAAGACACAUGAAGAAGUUGUCUGUGGAUGCUGGCUUGAAGUCUGGGGAAAGCGUCGAAUGCGCUCCUGGUAGUGAGUUGGAGGCCCUGUUUGCUUCAAACCCUGCCAUUGGUAUGGAUCAAGCAUAUCCGUUGAAGGAUCAUGAAACGUAUCCUCUUGAGUCCACAAAUACCUUGGUUGACUGUUCCCCGGGAAAUGAGCUGGAUGCAAAGUUUGCUUCUAAUCCUUCCUUUGGGAUAGCUGGCGACAAUGCUGAAGCCAUUGUUGACUGCCCACCGGGCAGUGAGUUGGACGCGAAGUUGAUCGCCGAGUCGAUCUCCACGACUGAAUAUGGACAGUUCCAACCCUCUUUAGUCGCUGAUGAUCUCCAUACUCAACAGGCCAACAUCACUCAAGACUGCCGAUCUGGCAAUGAGCUAGAAGCCAUGUUCAUUACCAAGGCAGCUGGUGGCAGCCCUGCCUUGACUGAGGAUCUGAGUUCUUUGCAAGCCAGCGAUAUCCGGGCUCGUUAUGAUUUGUUGGAUGCAGAUAUCAAGCCCCAGUCCUGUUCGUCCAAUGAUAUCGAAUUAUCUGGCACUGAAGACCGUCUUGGCGACUACUUCCAACAAGCCAAAAAUAGCUCCAUCUCGGAGACUCAGGAGCCCCCGGCUGCUGUCUACCGCAUUCUGACUUAUGAUUCUUCCGCAUCGCAAGUAACCACAGCCGAGUCUGACUUGUUCUUUGGUGUGAACGAAUCCUGUCCUCUGGUCGAGGUCUUGUCUCGCCUUCAAAACCCUGGCAAGUUCGUCCCAUACUUCGAACAGAUGCAGCGUGAUGGCUAUGAGAUUAUCACUGGCGGCGGUGACAUUCUGGUCUUCAGAAAGGCGGACAAUGUCACCUCCCAAGCCCCCACCAAGCGUGACCCUGCUCCUCAAAUGGAGACCGCCCAGUUUCUUCGACAUGACUCCGAACCCACCAGAGCUUCCGCCAGCUCCUCGAGCCCAUCUUUCACCAACCAGCCACCCCCAACCCCUGGAUCAAGAAGUGUGGAGGAACCCGUGUCUUCCCACCCAGAGUCAAUUUCCCACAAGAUUUUUCGCCGGGUAAUCUUGACUAGUACAGCCACGGCAGCAUCAUGCUAUGCUAUCGGGGUGGUUGUUGAGUACUUCCGUACUGGAGGAACAGACGGUUACGGCAUCGAUGGCUUCACUGCCUUCGAGUCAGAGCGGCGUCACCGGGAUUAA